AUGUCCAACUACAGGCCAGUCUCUGCGCUAUAUACAGUUGGACUGCAGGCUCUUUUCGGUUUAUUGAUGCGCCAUCAGAUACAGGAUAAUCUAAUUGAUCCAUCAGAUCCGAAUUCGCUUAGCAAAAAGAUAGACGAGUUUCUAAAGAAGGAUGGUCCCAUGAUAUGGCCUGAACCAGGUCCUGGAGAAAAACGUCAUCUGCUCAAACCGCAGGACGGUAUCAGCUAUAUCCGCGAUCUGAUCUAUCCGCGAGACAGCGCCAUCCUGAAAGAGCGCCUGCUAGCCAUCUUGCUUUGCCAGGGAGCCAGCUCUGAGACAGACUCGGAGUUUUAUACCAUGAAAACCCACAAUGAUUCGGAAACGUUGGAGUUUGAUCCUGACGACACAAUCGCUGUGGACAUAUUAGAAACGAAGAGAGGCGACAUUGACAACAUAAACGACGAGACUGCUAGUCAACGCACAGAAUCUGUAGAGGGAGAAAUGGAUAACAGUUUCAAUGAAUCUGAAGACUCAGUAUUGGACAGCAGGGCAACAUCUCAAGCUAGCAAUCGGAACAUGAAUCCAUCCGAUCCUGCUUUCAAGGUUGAGCUGCGACUUUAUUGCAGCAAAAAGCGACGCGCUCGAGUCGGCCCAGGCACAACUUGGUCCUACACAACCCUGAUGCUCACGGAAAGAACCAAGUCAUGUGAGGACUUCUUUGUCCUCAUAUGCGAUAAGAUCGAGGCUGACUGCAGCUUUGUCAUCUUCCACUUGCCAGAAGAUAUGUCUAUGGAGGGUUCGGUGCGCAUCGAUCGAGAAUCUAGAGAAUCUGAGGUAUUAUUUCGCCGCAUCCGAUCUAUCCUGCAAAGAGCAAGGAGAUUUCCAUGCGUUCGUUCGCGUCGUUCAGUCGAAGUAGAAGUCGGCUUAGGAACUGAUUAG